AUGUCUCUGUUCCUAAAAGCAAUGCCUUUGAUGGUUCUCCGACCUAGGCCAUCCUUUUUCUUUCUUUCUAGGGUUUCCACUACAAUUCCAAGGUUAAUUUCAACUACCAGAACCGUUUCUUCUGUUUCUGCUUCGGUUCAACCACUUCCUUCCGCUUCUGAAACACUCACUUCCAAUGCUAAACCAUCACCACCGCCUUUGCCAUUGAAUGAAUCGCUUCAAUGGGUUACAAGGACUCAUUUUUGUGGUGAAUUGUCUUUGAAUGAUGUUGGUAAAAAGGUUCAGCUUUGUGGUUGGGUUGCACUUCAUAGAGUCCAUGGUGGACUCACUUUUCUUAAUCUUAGAGACCAUACCGGGAUUGUUCAGGUUACAACACUUCCGGAUGAUUUUCCAGUUGCACAUUCUGUUAUCAAUGAUCUCAGAUUGGAGUAUGUGGUUGCCAUUGAAGGUGUCGUUAGGUCUCGUCCGAGUGAAUCAAUCAACAAGAAGAUGAAAACAGGCUUCAUUGAGGUUGCUGCAAAUGAGGUUCACGUGUUGAAUUCUGUGAAUUCAAAGUUACCAUUCUUAGUUACUACAUCAGACGAUGCAAAAGAUUCUCUUAAAGAGGAAAUCCGUUUGAGGUACCGAUGUCUUGAUCUAAGAAGGCAGCAAAUGAAUUUUAACAUAUUGCUGCGGCAUAAAGUGGUUAAACUCAUACGAAGAUAUCUAGAAGACAUACAUGGUUUUGUGGAGAUUGAAACUCCAAUACUGUCAAGAUCCACACCAGAAGGUGCCCGAGAUUAUUUAGUUCCGUCAAGAGUCCAGCCAGGAACAUUCUAUGCCUUGCCUCAAAGCCCUCAGCUAUUCAAACAAAUGCUAAUGGUAGCUGGUUUUGAUAAGUAUUAUCAAGUAGCAAGAUGUUUUCGAGAUGAAGAUUUAAGAGCUGAUAGACAACCGGAGUUCACACAACUAGAUAUGGAAAUGGCUUUUACUCCUUUAGAGGAUAUGUUGACUCUUAAUGAAGAGUUGAUCAGAAAGGUUUUUCUUGAAAUUAAGGGUGUGGAAUUACCAAAUCCUUUCCCUAGGCUUACUUAUGCUGAAGCAAUGAAUAGAUAUGGUUCGGACCGGCCAGAUACCAGAUUUGAUCUCGAAUUAAAAGAUGUAUCUGAUAUUUUCUCAGGGUCGUCCUUCAAGGUUUUCUCUGAUUCCUUAGAGAGGGGAGGAAUUAUAAAAGUGCUGUGUGUACCUAAUGGUGCAAAAAAGUACUCAAAUUCAACUCUUAAGAAAGGUGAUAUUUACAAUGAAGCAUUCAAAUCUGGUGCAAAGGGUUUACCUUUUCUCAAGAUCACGGAGAAUGGGGAUAUCGAGGGAAUUUCUGCUUUAGUAUCAAGUAUGGAUCCUGCAACUAAAGAGGAUUUGUUAGGGCGAUGCUCUGCUGGACCGAAUGAUCUGAUUUUAUUUGCAGUUGGUCAUCAUGCAUCUGUAAAUAAAACUCUAGACCGUCUUAGAGUUUAUCUAGCACAUGAAUUAGGUUUAAUCGAACAUGACAGACAUUCAAUUUUGUGGAUUACCGACUUUCCAAUGUUUGAGUGGAAUGAUUCAGAGCAGAGGCUUGAGGCUCUUCAUCAUCCUUUCACUGCACCAAAUCCUGAAGACAUGAACAACCUUGCUACUGCUCGCGCAUUGGCAUAUGACAUGGUUUAUAACGGGGUGGAGAUUGGUGGGGGAAGUUUGAGAAUUUAUAAACGCGACAUACAACAAAAGGUUUUGGAGAUUGUAGGCAUCUCUAUGGAGCAGGCUGAAGCAAAGUUUGGCUAUCUUCUUGAAGCACUUGACAUGGGGGCUCCGCCACAUGGAGGCAUAGCUUUUGGUUUGGAUAGAUUGGUUAUGUUGCUGGCCGGGGCUAGUUCUAUCAGGGAUGUCAUUGCUUUCCCAAAAACAACUACUGCACAAUGUGCCCUCACAAGGUCCCCAUCCGAAGUAGAUCCGCAGCAGCUGAAAGAUCUUUCAAUUACUACGUAG